AUGUCGACACCAAAUCCGCCCUCAAAGACAACCUGUACGAUUCCCAGCAGACCAGAGCGGGUUGAAACCCAGGAUGGCAUUCCAUCGUCCGUUGGAGCUGAAUCUGGACCCGGAACGGCCCCAGAAAUAAAAGUCCCGCAAGCCCGUGCCACAGUCGUUCCCAGAUUGAACAUGACAAGCGAACCAUGCCACGUGUCCACCGCGAAUGGUAACGUCUCGGUAGGAAAACCAAAUCGGGGUUGCAGUGAAAGCCGUGGCGAUGGUGCACAGACGGGACCCACGGGUUACAUUUACUUUCCGAGGUUUGUGCCAAACUAUAAUUUUUGGGCGUCUCAAUACAUUGAAAGAGUCUAG